UUAACCAAUCUUGUCAACAAGCUCUCAACAUCUCAACACUUCUCAGUUCCAUGCGCCGUGGAUUAGGAAAUCUAAUGUGCAGUAUUGUAUACCCCUUGAAAAACCCAUUCAUGGCGUUGUAGUGUAUUGGCUUGUGCCGCAGGAACGGCACUGUCAAACAGAAUGGAAAAUAAUGAAAAAAAGGACUGCAAAAUUGCCAAAAGGGAAAGGUGUUACGAGUUCGCCGUCGAGGAAAGGUCAGAGUUUCCUGAUGACAGAUCUUGGUCCAAUGCCGAAAGAUGCCUGAUUUACGACGUGCUAAGGAUCAUAAUGAAAUACUUGAACAUACGAGAUCUGAAGAACGCUGGUUAUGUCUCCAGAGUUUGGCAGAAGGCUGCUUUAGACGAAGAGAAAGCCAGGUUAUGGCCAGAUGUAUUUAUGAUCCACCUUGACGAAGAUCCAAGCAAAAAAGACGAUACCCUCCACAGGAAAUGCAUUAACAAUUUAUGGAUUAAACCAGUGAUGGGAUUAUUGUUUCACAAUUUAAACAAAACCGAACGAAUUCGUUGGAACUGUACUUCAAACCAUAAUGAUUGUAUCUGCAAGCAUCUGCCUCACGAUUGUGAUACCAUAAUUGUGAAUACCUACGGAGUGGUAUGCGACGAAACGGAGAUAGAGGACACCGAUGACACUAGGAUAUCAUGUUUUUUCCUGCCUAAGGUUCCUAAUGUCGAGAUCACAAGCUAUUCAUUUUCAUAUUCUAGCGAGAACCGUGAAAGAUAUAAGAAUAAAAAGGACCUUCAAGCAUUUAUGAAUAGCCCCGACGCUAAAUGCAUAAUAUUGCUUGCUCUUCCCACUAGUUUAUCCUUUAUCAAAAAUACCCUGAAGUCCAUUACAAGACGCUAUGGCCUUAGGAGGAUCCCUAUGUGUGGAGGAAUAUGUCCAGGUUUAUACUUAUGCAAAGAGUUUUCCAGAAAGAAAUCAUGCAGUGCACCAUUGUCUUGGAUUGCCAUACGCAUCAGUGGUGCAGACGUAGAUUCAUGGUCCGUUAUAAUAAAGCAUGAAACUACAAAAAAGAUGAUCGAAGAGAAACUUAAGAUUUUCAGGGCUAAUAUCAAAUUAAGGAAAUAUUCGGUAGGACUAAAAUUCUCGUGUCUCUUACGUGGCACUAGAAUUUUCAAUCACAAGGAUGUGGAAUCGAAAUUGUUCAGGAAAGUAUUUCCUGAUGUACCUCUGACAGGGUGCUUCAGUGGAGGAGAAUUUGGGCACGUUGCAAUUGACAAAGGUUUUGAUUUCCACCACGGAUAUCAUGAGAAAUCUACUGUAUUCUUAAUACUAUCCUAUGGAUAGAAAUGAAUGAAAUUACCUGCAGUCUUUAUCUUCAGUCGACAUCCAUUGAGUAACAAGACCGUGUGAUAACACGUGGAAUCUCCAACCGUGCCAUGAUGAAAUCGAGGUGGAUCUCGAACAUUGUUCACAAUAAUGUUGCAAUAAUCGGGUAAAGAUAUGUGGCUCAGUUAUCAUAUACACCUUUGUACCUUGUUGUUUCGAUUGAUGAGACGAUCCUAAACCAGUUCAAGUGAUCUUGAAGUAAAGUGAUAAUGAUUC